UAUUUUAAUACUUGUCAAUUAUUAACCAAGUCCCAUUAUUUGACAGCUGUCUGGUUACAGCAGCAGAUAACUUGAUAACUUCUACUGAAUGAAAAGAAAUUUCUAGCUUCUGUGAGUUUUGGUAUUUCCUUGCUGUUAAAGUAUCAGAUUCCGGCUUACCUGUACUUCUAAUUAGACACAACUUCCUUCUAAAGAAAAAAUGGCAGACAACGACGAUCUUUUAGACUACGAAGAUGAAGAGCAGGCAGAACCAGUGAUUGCUGAUGGAACUACUGGUGUUCAGCCGAAAAAGGAAGUUAAGGGAAAUUAUGUCUCUAUCCACAGUUCUGGUUUCCGAGAUUUUCUUCUCAAGCCGGAAAUACUAAGAGCUAUUGUUGACUGUGGUUUUGAACAUCCCUCUGAAGUUCAACAUGAAUGUAUUCCUCAGGCUGUUUUGGGGAUGGAUAUUCUGUGCCAAGCAAAGUCAGGAAUGGGUAAAACAGCUGUCUUUGUGCUAGCAACGUUACAACAGUUGGAAGCAACAGAAAAUCAUGUUUAUGUGCUAGUCAUGUGUCACACAAGAGAGUUGGCAUUCCAGAUCAGCAAGGAAUACGAAAGAUUCUCCAAGUACAUGUCUCAAAUUAAGGUCGGAGUAUUCUUUGGCGGGUUACCGAUUCAAAAAGACGAAGAGGUUUUAAAAACUAACUGCCCUCACAUAGUGGUUGGAACACCAGGACGGAUAUUGGCUUUGAUCAGGAGCAAGAAAUUGAAUCUUAAAAAUCUGAAGCACUUCAUUUUAGAUGAGUGCGACAAAAUGCUUGAACAACUCGACAUGCGAAGAGAUGUUCAAGAAAUCUUCCGAAACACACCACACGGCAAACAAGUUAUGAUGUUCAGUGCCACCCUUAGCAAGGAGAUUCGUCCAGUCUGCAAAAAAUUCAUGCAAGAUCCCAUGGAAGUGUACGUAGAUGAUGAAGCGAAAUUGACCCUUCACGGAUUGCAGCAGCAUUACGUCAAGUUGAAGGAAAAUGAGAAAAAUAAGAAACUUUUUGAAUUGUUAGAUAUCCUUGAAUUCAAUCAGGUGGUGAUAUUUGUGAAAUCCGUAACAAGGUGUAUGGCGCUCUCACAGCUUCUAACGGAACAGAACUUCCCUGCUGUGGCUAUUCACCGAGGCAUGACACAGGACGAACGGCUGAAGAAGUAUCAAGAAUUCAAAGAUUUCCAAAAGCGUAUUCUAGUUGCGACUAAUUUGUUUGGACGAGGAAUGGAUAUUGAACGAGUGAAUAUUGUAUUUAACUAUGAUAUGCCUGAAGAUUCUGAUACCUAUCUACACAGAGUCGCAAGAGCAGGGCGAUUUGGCACCAAAGGUUUAGCAAUCACGUUCGCCAGUGAUGAAAAUGAUGCCAAAAUUUUGAAUGACGUGCAAGACCGAUUCGAUGUAAAUAUUUCUCUCCUUCCCGAUGAAAUUGAUCUCUCCUCUUACAUUGAAGGACGGUAGACAUUGCCCUCUGAUGAAUGAAUGGAUACUGCAUCAAGAUCUUUUUUCAACUCAUUUUUCGUUGUAUGGACAUUGCAUCAAAAUAUUUUCUCUUUCCUGCACUCCCGGACUCGAGGAAAUUACUUGGAUGCGGCUAAGAAUUUUUCCAUCUCUCUGAGUUUCUCAAAGCUGAUGAUCUUUUACUAAGAAUAUGCUUAGUCAAGUUCUUCUUGUGAAAAUUUAGUUGCGUCCUGAGAGCUAUUAUAAUUUCCUUUUCAUCGUUCAUCUUAGAUUUUAAAUCUGUAAAUAUGCUAAGAUUCUCUUUUGCAAAUGAUUCUUUGCUAGAGUUAGUGUGACUAGGUAGGUUUUUUUUCCUUAUUUUUUCAUCAUAUCUGUGUUCCAGAUUUUAUUACCGAAAUGAAAAGCUCUCAAAGCACUUUCAUAUUUAUUCUUUUUUCCUUUCAUUUUGUUACUUUCUUUAUGUCAAUCUGUAAAAGAAAAUCGAUACGAUCAUUCAUGAGGUUAUUUUCUGUGAUUUUUCACCGCUAACUUUUUACCAGUGCAUUGUUUGCAAACAAUUCAAACUCAAAAUCGAACGGGUUUAUGUAUUUCUCACUCUUAUCUUUGUCAUUCAAUUUUUCUCAUGUUUUAUACCUUUGACUGUAAUGAGUUACAUUAUUACAACUUCUAAACUUCAAACAAUUUUCCUAAUGUAUUUGUAUUACAUCCUCAAUUUAAUAUUUGAAUACUACGGUAUUCACCAAAUCAGUCAAUAAAUUAGUCUCAGUAACUUGUA